AUGGAGUAUUUUGAGAAGCUUCAUGUAGAGAGUCCCCGGUUCUAUUAUGCGAAGCUGGAAGAUGAGAACAAAGCAGCGAGGGCACCUUUCUGGGUAGAUGGACGGACCCAGGAGGCAUACAAGAAAUUCAAAGACUACGUCUUCUUUGACACUACGUUAUGUACGAACAGAAAAACUUGGGCACCGGCGUACUUUAAAAAGAAUUUCUUUCCCUUCACUAGAACGACCGGCAGAUCAGAAGGGUUGAACUCAUUCUUCAAGAAGCUUGUGCACCCUCACGACUCGGUGUGGCAAUUCAUGAAGCAGUACGAGUACAUUGAGGAAACUAGGCUAGACCGGGAGGACAAUGCUGGCUUCCUCGGCGAGGCGACGGUUCCAACGUUGUGGUUGAGAUCUAAGUUGGUAAUGUUUAUUUUGCUAGGUACAAGAUAUAGGAGCAAGCGUCAAAGUUUUACACCAGAUGACAACUCGUAUGACUGCUCAUGCAACCGAUUCCACACGAAUUGGAUCUUAUAUCAUCACAUUCUGAAGCUCAUGGUGCAUACUAAUGUGCAAGUAAUACCAGAGAAGUAUUUGUUGUAUAGAUGGUCUGAGGAAGCAAUCGUUAGACCUGCAAGAAGCAAUGUCUUCUCUUCAGAUGUACCAGAAACAAAUACUUUGAGGUACAAUGAAUUGUGCAUUCGGAUGUGUACCCUUGCUUCGGAUGCAUGUUUUGGUCCGGAAACAUUCAAGAUUGUUGCCGGUGGAGUGGAUGAUUUAAGCAACCUAGUAUGGAAGUGGAGGUUGUCUGGUGGUAUGCCAGUGUCAGAAGCACCAAAUGAAGAACUAGUAGCUUGUAGCAGUGUGAAAAAUCCUCCUAAAUCUGUGAAAAAAGGUAGACCAAAAGAUAAAGAGAAGAGGAAGAAACCCCUAGUGGAGAUUCGGCAGGAAAAGGCGCAGCAAAAAGGAAAGAAGAAGGGUCUGUGUUCGUACUGUAAAGAGGAUUGGCAUGACAAGAGAACUUGCCCAUAUCUAGCGCUUGAGAGGCAGAGGCAGAAGCAGGAGUUGGAGAAAGUUAGGCGACAGACGGAGCUGACACUAUAA